ACUCGAAUUCUCAAGUUGUACGGGUUUGUUAAGCACCGUUAAGCUUAACGAGAUAGUAGUGUAGCUCGAGAGAGUCUCUCGGGAGGCUGGAUUAGCCACAAGUUGUGGUGAACCAGGGUAAAAUCGGUGUGCCUCUUUCUUUUCUCUUUACUUCUCGUUUAUUCAUUUUUAUUCCUGCGAUUUCUUGAUCAAACGCUAUUCACCCCCCCUCUAGCGUUGGUCUAUUAUUCUAACAAUUGGUAUCGGAGCCUAACUCACGUCCAAACUUAACCGUUUGAGAGUAAAGCGAUCAUGUGCUCUUCUUCUAGAAAUCUCUAUGCAGGAAUUGGAGAAGGUCAAUCAACCUCUAGGCCACCACUUUUUGAUGGCACCAACUACUCUUAUUGGAAGGAACGGAUGAGAAUCUAUAUUCGUUCCACCAACUUCCAAUUGUGGUUGGUGAUCAAAAAUGGCGAAGAAAUCCCUAUGAAGAAAGUGGGAGAAACCACGGUCCCAAAGACCGAAAAUGAAUUCGAUGCCGAGGAUAUCAAGAAGAUUGAAAACUAUGCAAAGGCCAUCAACAUGCUAUAUUGCGCGGUCAACCCCGAUGACUACCGAAAGAUCUCCUGCUGUACAACCGCCAAGGAGAUGUGGGACAAGCUUAAAGUGACGUACGAAGGUACCAAUCAAGUUCGUGAAGCCAAGAUCGAUUUUCUCACCCAAGAGUACGAAAUGUUCCGAAUGAAAGAAGGUGAGAAAAUCGAUGACAUGUUCGACUGGUUCUCAAAGAUCAUCAACGAUCUUCAUGCUCUCAAAAAAACUUACACCAACAAGGAUCUUGUGAGGAAAAUCCUGCGGAGUCUCACACCCGAAUGGAGGUCAAAAGCCGAUGCAAUCUACGAAUCCAUCGGAGUCUCCAACGUCACCAUCGACGGGCUAAGAGGUAACCUUAAAACCUAUGAAUCUACUAUUCUAACCCCGUCUUUAGAUGAACAAAAGAAAAAGGGGAUAGCUCUCAAAGCCACCAAGGAACCGGUGGAAGAGGCUUCAAGCGAUGACAACAAUGAACUCGGGCUCGUCAUCAAAAAGUUCCACAAGUUCAUGAAGAAGGAAUUUGAGCGGAAGGGAAGGAAGCACGACGGUCCUCCCAAGUGCUACGGCUGUGGCGAGAUUGGCCACAUCAAGCCAAGGUGUCCAAAGGCCAAACACGGCAAGGACAAGCCUGGAUUCAAGAAGCAAAGGGCCUACAUCUCUUGGGGUGGCGAUUCCGGCGACGAAUCAACCGACCAAGAGGAGGACAAAGCUGCAAAUCUCUGCCUCAUGGCGCACGAAGAUCAAAGCGACGACGUCCAAGAG